UCCGUUUUGGAGGUGCCUGGAAGAUCGGGCGUGUUCCUUCAUUUGGCAUUCUCAUAAUUGGGGGUGUAGUCUGCGACCACCCGCAGCCGUCGCCAUGGACACUCAGACUGUCACGGUACCGUCGAAAACCCCUUGCAAGUAGCGACCGUUGUCCGGGGGAUGGAGUUGUGACGGUUCGAAAGAUUUUAUGGUGCAAAAUAUUAAGAACACAACCAAGUUUCUCCAAUUUUGCGGGUGUUGGCCUCACAUCGGAGUUGGACAGACUAUGUGAAGAGAUGGCAUGCAACUUGGCGUACCGGGUUGAGUGCUUGGACCACAGCAGCUGGGCACGGCCGCAGGCGGUGGAGGUCGAUAAAAGGCAGGCCUGGGAGGAUUGAACGACGUCUCCAUAUCAAGGAAACUACAUCUGGGAAGCGCGGGCUGGCCCCCAUCCUUCACGACCAUCAUGAACAACCCCCACUCAUGGCAAGAAGCGCCGGCCGUCCCCGUGGCAGCCGCCCGGGUGCCCUACCCACCAGCAAGUACGUAUCCGGCCCCAUCGGCAGCCGGCCCCGCAACGCCGAUACUCCCCCUUCUCGCCUCGCCGCCCCCGGCAUACACACCGUCAGCUGUCCCAGUCUACGACGAACACAGAUAUAUACCUGACGUGGAAAGCUCCAGGAUGCUACCCGUUUACUCCGUCUCCGACCCCGUUGCGGCACCACCGCCCCAAAAAAGGUGGACGCGCGGCCAAACCAUCGUCUUCAUCAUCUUCAUCAAAGCGACCAUCGCGGGCCUGGUCGUCUUGAUCGUGCGUCUCAACGCCGCCCCUUCUUACUACUUUGACACCAGCCCCGCCGCCUCGACCCCAACAACCCCCAGCUGGAACCCCGCCGCCAUUGGGAAAGUCCACACAGGCGACAUGACCGGGCUCCAAAUCUCCCCCGACGACCGCUACGUUGUCGUCAGCAACGCGACCGGCAUGAAAGCGUACAAAAUGGACGACGACAAGCUAGUGUACGAGUUCCGCGGCUCCGGAACACUUGGGGUCUUCCACCCGCAGAACAAGACCACCUUCGUGUCGGUGAGCACGGACGGCACAUCGCUGAUCUCGACGAAGUUCGACGAUACGGAGUGGACGAACGAUCUUGAGAUAUCCAACCCCCCGCGCGAGGUGCGCAUUGGGUGGGUGGUGGAUCUCAUCCGCACUGUGCCGGAGGAUUGGAAUUCGGCGGUGUAUUUGGUUGCGACGGGCCUGACGGGCGCGGUCCCGAAUGUGACGCGGGUGGAUAUGACCACGAUGACGGUGACGUACACGAAGGCGCUGGGCGCGGCGAAUGUCCCCGCCGACCCCGUCUCGGACGUCGCCAUGCAUUCAUCCGGCACCGAAAUGACCGUCACCUUUCGUUCGAAGACCGUGAGAGUGUACUCGUUGACCGCUACGGGCCCGAUAUUGCGGACGUCGUGGAUCGGCGGUACGGCCGAUACAGCGCCGGUGUACAUCCCCCACGAGCCGUCCUCGCUCGUGUACCUCGCGCACAACGCCACGUCAGGCAUCACCAGCGUAUUGCGGAAAACCCUCCUCGUAUCCAGCGAAGCGACGGUAAUGUGCGUCAACUCUCCUGCAAACCCGUCCAGCCCGCCCGGACCGCUGGUGGUUGAUGAGAGGGGGGACACGGUGUACUGGAUCGACGGGGACCUGAAUGUGCGGAAAUGCUCGGUCGAUUUGGCCCCUCCGGCGGCUCCGGGCAUCCCGAAGGCGCUGGUGGUGUUUAAGGCGGCGUGCCAGCAGCCUGGGUUGUUGACGGGGUCGAAGGAGGGCUUGUGGUUGUAUUAUGGGUGUAGAGAUUUGGGAAUGGUGUUUGCUGGUAGCAUAUCUGGAUAGUGUGUCGCUAUACAUGUAGACGGCGUAGAUAUAGUCACAUUAAUAAAGCAGAGUAGCACAAGAGAACGGUUUGGGAGUGUUGGCGACAAUGGUCUGUGAUCUACUCAACGGAAGCGGGCGAGUCACCAGCACAAAAAAUUAUGUGAAGAUUAUGCUGUGGAACCUUUCGCUGACUAUGCUUGAACCUGUUACCACAGAUGCCAACGCCUUAGUUGGAAUUGCAAUCAUUCAAAGAGCAACUAAUUGAGCAUAUGCAGCCAUGACGCAAAAGAUUGGAUUUGGGUCACCAAAAGUGGAAGAAAGAAGUCGGGAAGUGGAGCUCUUGCUUCAUCGAUGUACCAAUCCGACAUAACGGCAGUUACUUUGUGUCUCACAUUUAUUGAACUACAGUACAUGCUCAGAGGAU